AUGCCAUUUACGCGCCUUGUCCGAUUUGUCCCACGCGGACGGCAGGACGCUAUUCUGAUCGGCGAACCUCUAGAUCCUAAUAUUGAUGUUGGUAAGGAGGUUAGAAGGGGAAAUGACGUCAAAGUAAACGUUUUCAAUGGCAUUUCAGUUUUGGACUUCGGUUCUGCCACUGGAAGCAUCGAAUCUAUCGACCGCGUUCUAUCUCCGCUUGCGAUGACCGAAGUUGGCACUAUUCGAUGUAUUGGACUGAAUUAUGCGAAACACGCAAAAGAAGCGAAUCUUGCAUUACCAUCAGUACCAGUUGUAUUUCUAAAACCAGCGACGUCUCUUGGAGAUCCAUGGCCAGCUUCAACGAUUAUACCCUCAUUUUCGCUGGUUGACGACACAGCGGAUUAUGAGUCGGAACUCUGCGUUAUAAUUGGCAAGACUGCCAAAAAUGUGACUGAAGAGGAUGCACUCUCUUAUAUUCUAGGCUACACUGCAUCAAAUGACAUCUCGGCAAGAAAAAGUCAGUUCGAUCAAUCGCAGUGGUGUUUCAGCAAGGGCUUCGAUACAGCAUGCCCCAUCGGCCCCACGCUUGUUUCCACAGCUGUUAUCCCCGAUCCAAGCAAACUUCGUAUUCGUGGGCUGAAGAAUGGUAAAGUGGUGCAGGACUCAUCACUUAGUGAUUUAAUUGUCAGUAUACCAAAACUCGUCAGUUGGUUAUCUCAGGGAACCACACUCCCAACUGGUACGGUUAUUCUCACUGGAACGCCGGCAGGUAUUGGCAUGGCGAUGGAGCCAACCGAAUACUUGCAUCACGGCGAUGAAUUCGUUGUUGAGAUUCUCCCUCAUAUUGGAAGUCUAUACUCGACGAUUAAAAACGAGGAUCAAAUUCCACCCAAACUAGCGGAUGAAUAG